GUUGGCCUUCGGCAGCUGGAUAUGUCAUUACUGUGUCAGCUGUACUCCCUGUAUGAAUCGAUUCAAGAAUACAAAGGUGCCUGCCAAGCUGACUCUAACGCAGACUGCACGUACGCUCUGGAAAAUGGUUUUUUUGAUGAAGAGGAGGAAUACUUCUAGAAGCAGGAAGAUUCACCUCCAGGCUGA